CAAAAAAUGGUGGACUUUCAUUGUUGGAUUGUACUGUAUCUGUUAGGAUCCUGGCAGGAGGCUUUUUGUUUUUAAUUUCUCUUAUGAUUUGGUGAGGAAAAUGUCUAUUGCAUUGGCCAAAUAAGGUUGCAGCAUGUCAGACAGGAACACACCUCCACAUGUUUUCACAUACUGAAUUAGCUUAGACAAACAUUCAGCCAUACUCAAAAAAGUCAAAUGCACACUGUGCUUUUACUGAUGACGAUGAGGAUACUUUACACAGCGUUGGACAGUGUCUGACAGGAGGAAGCAUUGUACAGUGGUUCUCACAACCGAGAUGGCCACAUUUGACAACACAAUGAAGAACCACACCAAUGUCAGUGACUUCUACUGUCCCUUUCAAGAAGAUUUUAAAUAUAUUCUUCUUCCUGUCAGCUAUUCCCUGGUCUUUUUAAUUGGCCUGGCUCUGAACACCACAGCUUUGUACGUGAUUGUGUUCCGCACAAAGCGAUGGAAGCCCUCCACUAUCUACAUGUUCAACCUGACGAUGUGCGACACACUCUACAUCCUCACUCUGCCCUUCCUCGUCUAUUACUACGCAGAUGAGAAUGACUGGCCGUUCAGUGAACCGUUCUGCAAGAUCAUACGCUUCCUGUUUUAUGCAAACUUAUAUGGUUCCAUUCUGUUCCUGUGCUGUAUCAGUCUGCAUCGCUUUGUUGGCAUCUGCUAUCCGGUCCGCUCCCUCAACUGGGUCAGCGCUCGCCAGGCCAAGCGUGUGUCUGUGGCAGUGUGGACCUGUGUUUUAUUCUGCCAGGCACCUAUUCUCUACUUCUCAAGAACAAGGGAUGUGGAGAAUGAACGGAUCUGCUAUGAUACCACCAGCCCAGAUCUUUUUGAUGACUUCCUGGUGUACAGCUCAGCCGUGUCCAUACUUUUCUUUGCCCUGCCAUUCAUGGUGGUGAUGGUUUGCUAUGGCCUCAUGGUGCGGAAGCUUCUGGAGCCUGGCUGGGGGUCGGAAGGUGGCUCUCUGGGAGCACAACGCACCAAGCAGAAGUCAGUGAAAAUGAUCAUCAUCGUCUUGGCAGUGUUCAUGCUCUGCUUCCUGCCUUUCCACCUCACCAGGAGUCUUUACUACUCCUUUAGAUACCUAAGGCAGGUCGAUUCAACACAGAUCAGCUGUAGGUUGUUGGAGGCCUCCAGUGUGGCCUACAAAGUGACCAGACCUCUGGCCAGCGCCAACAGCUGUGUGGACCCCAUCCUUUACUUUCUGGCUGGGCACGACGCCCGCAGUACCCUCAGCAAGAGGGUAAAAUCAAAAACAAGGAUAGUGGGCCGACACUUAACAACAGGACUAUGAUCCAAUACGUGAAAAAAUGUGGGGAAAAAAGUAGAACAUUAUCUCUUACAGUUCUUAUUGCGUGUUUUUUUUAAGUUGACACAGACACAGAUUUCUCUCAUAUUUGCAAUUGUAACAAAUAAAGUGCAUGUUCAGAUUAGACCAAAUCUUUAUUUAUCCCAAAUUGGGAAAUUAUUUCUGUUCCAGGAGCAGUGUCAAGCAUUACACAAGUUAAAACUAAAGGAUUUAAACAGAUGUUUUGUGUUUGUUAUGUCUGAAAAGUUAUAGUGAGAGGACAGAAAUAAAUUACAUUGUGCUUUGCAGCUGUAAUGUUUGGUAAAGACUCUACUGGACAACUGCUGCACCUGAUGUUUGUAUUUUUGCAACUGUACGAGUUGUGAAAACACUGUUCAGCGGAUGUCAGUUUGUGCCAUAACAGGAAGGAAAUAAAUGUAAACAUGUAUAUAUUUUGUCAUACAUAUGUCUAAUGUCUCUCAUGUACUGCAUUUGUUCAAUAUAAAUGUCAUUUGAUCUAAUUAACACCAAGCUAGCACUAGAGGGAGACACUGUCAAACAAACAAGACAGGUCAUUGUUGUGAUGCUUUUGAGUUUUUAGAGUUCAGUAUUUUCCCUCGCAAACCUACACUUCACAUAUACAGUACCAACAGCAGCAAACAGUAAAUAACACAUGAGUAUACACGACCAGCAAGAACAACAAAGAAGACAGCAUUUAAAAUACACCUCUUCUUUAUUUGAACAGUAAAAACAUCAUACAGAAAAAAUGUAAUAUUAUAAAUGCAAUUCUACAAAGUUGAUGUGAUGAAUGUUUCCUUUAAAUCAUUCCUACCAGCAACACUCCAGGAAUAAUAAUCCUUUUAUAAUAGUAAUAAAAACAGAAAAAAUGAAACUGCUGCAACCAAUACAUAUUCAGUCCGUCCAGACAUGUUGACAUAUUCCUUGGAACAAAUUAAGUUAAUAUUUAAAUGAGUAGCUUCUAUGAUUAUAGUAAACUCUUACAGCCAUGAAGAUGUAAACUGAAGCCAACGCGGCUGCAUACAGUAACUUUGGUGUAACUCAACUCUAAUCAUCCGCCACUGGUUGGUUAAUUUAAUAAACUGGAAUAAAAAUUGCUUGUGUUCCUUACAGUUAUGGAAAUUGCAUAACUUGAAAUUGCUAUGUGUACUGUAUGUAUUAAAGUUUUUAAAUGAUUAAAACGUUGCACUACUGAAA